AUGGAUAUUUUACCAGUGAAUUUUAAAAUUUUUACUUUUUGUGGAAUUUGGAGAGAACGCGACGACUUGGAUAUUUUUAUGCGUUUAAUUAAUUUUUUUCACGGAUCGAUGGUAAUAACGAUAAUAUUUUACUUCACUUUAACCGAAUUAAUAGAAAUAAUCGUUUCCCGUAAUGAUCUCGAGGAUGUGACUGAGAGUCUUUUUAUGGCAUUGACGUUUCUCGCAUUGUGCUUCAAAUUGCUUAACAUUUUAUUUAGGAAGAGAAAAUUAUUAAUUUUAUUGAACCUAUUACGUGAGAAAAUAUGCCGUCCGAGGAAUGUAACGGAAGAAAAGAUUUUGGAAAGCUAUAGUCGCAGGGGUACGAAAUAUAUUUGUUGGGAGUAUAAAAUAUUAAUAAUCGAAAUGUGUCUACGCGCCAUAGCUAAAUGGUGUACCCUUAGCUUCAUGGCUUUGUCUGAAACAACAGCAGUGGCAUUCGUACUUGCUCCUAUCAUGGAAUUGCAUCGUUCGAACAGAGUUUUACCAUACAAUACUUAUUUGCCGUAUUCCAUUGAAGAAUUACACGCCUAUUUGGUAACAUAUUUGAUUCAUACUGUAUCCAUUAUUUACGGAGCACUUCUAAACGUAUCCUUCGAUUCUCUCGUAUACGGUUUGACCCUUCACGUUUGCGGACAAAUUGCUAUUCUAAGCGAGCGUUGCACGCAAACUCUUAGGGAAGGUAAUUCGAAUGAAAUAAAAGAGUGCGUUAGACAUUAUGUAUUUAUUCAUGGACUCGUUAAGAGAAUAGAAUCAUUGUUUAUUUGGACGAUCGCUGUUUUAUUCCUUUUCAGUUUGAUCACUCUUUGUACCACCAUCUUUCAAAUGUCAAAGAAAAAUCCUCUGACAGUAGAAUUUUUAUCAUUCGUGUUAUAUACCGGUUCUAUGAUGUUUCAAAUAUUUUGUUAUUGUUGGUACGGCAACGAGCUUCGAUUAAAGAGCAAAGAAAUUUCCGAUGCUAUUUAUAAUAGCAAGUGGAUUAUGUCGACUCCGAAUAAUCGUCGAAAUUUACAAUUAUUAAUGAGAGUCAGUCAAAAAGAAUUGACUCUUACAUAUCAUCGAAUAUUUUCUCUCAAUCUUGACGUUUUUACAUGGGUGAGGAAACAUCGUUAAUAUAUAUUUGUAUUAUUAUAUAUAAUAUUGUUAAUUAUUACAGAAAAUAAAAGAUUCAUUUUUCACAGAUACUGAAAACAUCUUAUUCGUCGUUUAAUAUUCUUCAAAAUAUAUCGUAUUAAUGUAUCGUUUAAUCCUUUAUUUAGAAUUAUUUAUUUCUAUUUAUGUAGUAUCUCGUUUA